AAUCUAACCUCUCUUAUCACAAAUGUCAUAUCAAUACUCACUCAUUGUUCACUACAAUUCAAAUUUUAGAAAGUUGUGGCGCGCAGUACAACAAACAGUAUAUAAUUAAGUAAUUAGUAGAUGCCUGAAACAUAACCAAUAAAAUAUAUACUCACUCCUUAUUUGUGUUAAAAAAUGGAGGCUGACUAUGAUAAGAAAAUAUUGGAACUUAAAAGCAAAAUCAAGAGCUUCCCUGAUUUCCCAAAACCGGGAAUUUUAUUUUGGGACAUAUUCUCAGCGAUAUCCGAUGGUGCUACGUGUAAACUACUCCAAAGUCUGCUAGUCCAAACUAUAAAGGCCAACUACCCUGACGUAGAGGCCUUAGUCGGCUUGGAGUCCAGAGGGUUCCUAUUCUCGUUCUCUCUGGCUGCAGAACUCGGGAUCAGUUCCUUACCAGUGAGGAAGAAAGGAAAGCUUCCCGGAGAAGUUGUGUCUCAUAAAUAUGAUUUGGAGUAUGGUUCUGAUGUCCUAGAAAUCCAGAAAAACGUAGUCCGUCCAGGUCAAAAGUGCCUCAUAGUAGACGACCUAAUAGCCACAGGGGGUUCCGUGACCGCAGCCACGACACUCCUGCGGUCGUGCGGCGCUGACGUCAUCGGCUGCCUCGUCGUCAUCGAGCUGACGUCACUACGCGGCAGAGACAACAUUCCCAAGGGUAUACCGGUCCAUUCCUUGAUACAGUACGAUUAAUUUUGUGACUUAUAAGUCUUGUUCAGAAAGGUGAGAUUUGCUUGGCCGGAAUGUAUGUUUGAAAAAUCUUCGGUUUAGUUUUGUGACAAUAGAGAUGAUAUUUUUAAAUGUUAUUUUGAAAAUAGGGGUUGAGUAUGAAAACAAUUUAUGCAGAUCCAUCUUCAAUGUGUACAAUAAUUUAUAAGACAAGUUUUUUUUCAUGCAAAUAGUCCAAAGGCUAUUUAAUUCAGACAGACUAUGGCAGCCAUAACCCCAAACAGUUUGUUUUUGAUUUCUAAACAAGACCUUUAAAACUUUACAAUAUUGUAAAGAUAGCUCGACUCAUCUAUGCGCGUGGCGCUAUGUAUGCGUUCGAUUUGACAGCGUCUUUAACUAUUAAAGUUAUUUUUUUUUUUAAAUGACGCACAAACAAAAGCUGUUUACACAACGUCACUGUAUAUUUACAAGAGUUACGCACACAUGUCACCUUGCGUUAAAUGAGUUGAAUUGAUAAUAAUAUUUGGAGUCUUUUACAGAGAGUAGGUGACUCUCCGAUCUUAGAUCGUUAGAUAGUAGUAGGUAGGAUAUUGUGGACAGUUAUUUACAAUUAGUACCUACAGUUUUUAAGUGAUGUGAGUUAAUAAUGAUACCAUCGAUAAGCUAGGCUCGAAAAGAAAAGCAUAAUUCUAAGCAAAUAAUUACAAUUCUUGAUAAAAAUAUGGAUAUUGAGGCACUACUUUUUGUUACGCAAUAAGAACUUCACAAUAACGAUAUCGAUAUUAACAAGCAUUCUCAACUAUGAUGUCUCACUUUGAUAUCAUGCUGUCUUUGUCACUGCCAAGCUGAUGAGAAAGAAAGUAUGAUAUAAUUGUAUCAUUAUUGAAGAGCGUGGAAUCGUCUCUCCGUAUUAUUACAUUAUUCAGCUGAAUUCGGAGUUCGAAGUAACAAUUCUUUUUAAUAGUUCAGUGAAAUAGUCAAAGCCAAUAAACCCUUUAUGAAUACAACGUUGUUUACACGGAUAGCCGAGUGGUUUGCCACGCCCGCGCACGUUGCCAAACCCAACGUGCGCAACGUGCCGCAGGUUUGAUCCCCGCAUCUGACUAGGAUUUCUACUAUCCACAAAUGUUCUAUGUCUGGGUUAUGCCUGGGAUUUAAGUUUUUAUAAAUCCCUUUUGACACAAGGAUUAAAUUCCUUAGAGCAUGUUUACUAUUCAUUAUCAUCAGAUAAUUCAAAAAUUAAAAGCAUGACUUCUUUCUCCAAUUUUGGAAAAUAUCUUCAUAGAGCAGCUGUUGUUGACAGACUUCCUUUUUAUAACAGAUUUUGUUGACUAAAAGCUAUGGUACUUUUGAGUACACAGCUGGCUGAUAUUAUAAAAACAACUCGUAUGAUUAUUAAUUACAAUGUGGAAAGUCCCAAAGAAAGAUGUUGUAAUGUUUUAAACAUUUGUAAGUAGUGUUAGAUAGAUAUAUGAUGUAUUAAAUAGUGCCUUUUAUAUUUU